GCCUGGCUUGCAGAUACCAACUCGGGGCGGCUGCCCCCCAAGUGCCGGCUGCCACCAUGAACGGUGAGGAGCAGUACUAUGCGGCCACACAGCUCUACAAGGACCCGUGCGCAUUCCAGAGGGGCCCGGUGCCAGAGUUCAGCGCUAACCCCCCUGCGUGCCUGUACAUGGCCCGCCAGCCCCCACCUCCUCCGCCACCCCAAUUCGCAGGCGCCCUGGGAACACUGGAGCAGGGAAGUCCCCCGGACAUCUCCCCAUACGAAGUGCCCCCGCUCGCCGAAGACCCUGCGGUGGCGCACCUCCACCACCUCCCAGCUCAGCUCGGGCUCGCCCACCCGCCCUCCGGGCCUUUCCCGAAUGGAACAGAGCCUGGGGGCCUGGAAGAGCCCAGCCGCGUUCAGCUCCCUUUUCCGUGGAUGAAAUCCACCAAAGCUCACGCGUGGAAAGGCCAGUGGGCAGGCGGUGCGUAUGCAGUGGAGCCGGAGGAGAACAAGCGGACCCGUACAGCCUACACGCGGGCGCAGCUGCUGGAGCUGGAGAAGGAAUUCUUAUUUAACAAAUACAUAUCCCGGCCUCGCCGGGUGGAGCUGGCAGUGAUGCUGAACUUGACUGAGAGACACAUCAAAAUCUGGUUCCAAAACCGUCGCAUGAAGUGGAAGAAGGAAGAGGAUAAGAAGCGAAGUAGCGGGACCGCAAGCGGGGGCGGUGGGGGCGAAGAACCAGAGCAGGAUAGUGCGGUGACCUCGGGCGAGGAGCUGCUGGCGUUGCCGCCUCCGCCACCUCCGGGUGGUGCUGUACCCCCAGGCGUCCCCGCUGCAGCCAGAGAGGGCCGGCUGCCUCCGGGCCUUAACUCGUCACCACAACCCUCCAGCGUAGCGCCUCUGCGACCACCGCAGGAACCUCGGUGAGGAUCGCAGGCUGAGGAUGAGCGAGCGGGUCUAGGACCCCGAGUAUGGAUGGACGCGCUGCGUGU